GGACUGAGAGCAGUGCCAGUCCUUCAAGGCAGCAAAGGGCAAGAAGGCAAUGAUGUUGGGCGUCCACAGUGGGACUGAGAAGAUAGAGGCCCCAGUGCUUCUUCUGGCUGCAGUAGGACAGGCAGCGACCCUGGGAACAGCAGAAAGAUGCCUCCAUGGGUACCACCUCUCCUUGCUGUGGCAUACUAUGGAUCAGUCUCCUUCAAAACCGCUGCUUCUCUUUCAAGGAAAAUCAGGGCCAUGGCAUGCUGCUGACCCAAUAGCCCUGGAAGGAGAAAGAGAGACAGAGGAAGUGCCAACACAGAGGUAACCAUGAAAAUUCUAGAGGUGAGCAGCCCUGGGCAACGGCCCUGCAAAGACACCCCCUGGCCCCACAUGUCCACCACUCCAUCACGUGCUCUCCAUCCACUCACUUUGUCUCCUUUGCCAGCAGUUUGGGACUUCCGCACGUCUUCACAGCACUUGAGGAUGCACUCCUCAGUGCCCAGGAAAAUGAAUAAGAACUGUGAAAUACUCGACCAGUUCAACAGACGUCUUCAGGCCUUGACCAGAUGCAUGGCGAUGCUCACCUUGGAACUGCCUGAGGGCAGCGAUGAUUCCACCAGCUCGGUCACAGUGAGUGAAAACCGCUGCUCUUUGAGGACAUCGCUGUAUCCGUUGAGCACCAGUUGUGGGGAAAUGGAGGCACCUUACCGACACCCAAAAGCCCAAGAGAACUUGGAAAGCUCCAUCCCAGAAAGGAAAGCGGAGCAGGGACUGGGCCUCAGUGAUCAGAGAAAGCCUGAUGUGAUGGUGGCUCCCAGGGUGCAGGACCUGCCCUUAGAGGAUGAGGCUAUGCAAAGUCAUUUGGAGCAUCCUAACAUAAAAAUGCAGGCACCACAGUUCCUGAAGAGGAGUUUCUCAGAGCCUGUCCUGGGUCAGAGAGACUCCCAGCUUCCCCAUCCUCUGAGGCACUCAAGGAGGCCCACUUACUCGCUCAUCCAGCGUGGGCAUGGGCAAGCUCUGGCAAGGAGGUCAGCAGCAUGGGCCCUUGUCCUAUGGCGAAAAUCUGCCCCCGAGACAGAUACGUGCAGACAAGAAACAAGGAUUCCAGUCCACAUUGCCUGCUGCAGAAUCUAUGAAGGCCCUGAUGACCAUCAGAUCAAGAUGAUGCAUCUGUGGCUGGAGCAAUAUGAAUAUGUUGAGAGGCGAAAGUUGGAAUUUUAUAGAGACUACUACACCCAGCCUAACAACGAAGGAUCCCAGGGCGUGGCUCCAUCUGACACUGCAGCCCCGGUUGUUGCAGGAGGAGCAACAGUUCGAGAGAGGAAUUCACCCGAGGUCAAGGCCAGUGAGCAACAGGACAAGAAAAAUACCACUGCUGCCCAGCAGCCAGAGGGGCUCCCUGAACGUACCCUCGUGGAGAGUUCUUCGGUUCUGCCAUGGAGGCGUCUGCCACCGGGUAGACCAUUCAGACCCCAAGCAGCACACGCAGAGAUGACGCCCAGGCAAGAAGCAGCAGAACACACGACUCCUAGACCAGAGACACCACCUGUGCUGUGCAGAAACUGCUGUGCACCAGCCCUCCUGUGCCAUUUCAUUCAGAAUGCCGGGGCCAAGCUCCGAGCUGCCUGCAUGGCCCUCUAUUCCCUGAUCAGAAAGGCAACUAAGAAGCUCUCAAAGAAGGGAAGAGAGCCCAUCAUGAAAAACAGAUCCUUAGAGCAGGCCAGGCUGGACACAGAUCAACGUAGGAGUAGACGAUCACUGAGUCUACUGGCCAAAAAGAAAAACGCACGUACACCUCAGGAGGCAAUGAGGAAGGACAUGGUGGCAUCUCAAGAUAAGACUUUCAGCGAUGCCAGUGAGGCCAGAGGUGCCGAAAAAGCAUUGAGCCAGGGUGGCAGCAGCCACAGGCACCUGGACGUGCUGGCUCCUGUUGCCCGUAGAGAGCCAGCCAACGUGCUGCUACCUCGGAGAAGGCUGCUCUUGGAGACUGAAGCUCCUGCCCCAUCUCAGUCUGUUCUAGCAGAUGUCCAGGCAGGCACAGCUGCAGUGAGUAGUGGAUUACUGCCAGAUGCUACCAGGGGGCAGAAGCAGAAGGGCAAGGGACACACCCAGGACAAGCCAGCUCCUCCAAGAAGAAAGUCCCCAAAGAAAAAGCAGUCCUCCAGUGAGCAGAGACCCUCAGGUCUGCCACAGCCUCCAAAUCCCACUGGGACCAACGUUCCAGUCCUCUUCGUGCAGCAGCAGAGACCCUCAGGUCUGCCACAGCCUCCAAAUCCCACUGGGACCAACGUUCCAGUCUUCAUGCUGGAGCAGAGACCCUCAGGUCUGCCACAGCUUCCAAAUCUCGCUGGGACCGACAUUCCAAUCUCCCUCCUGCAGGAGCUUUUCACAGCACUUAGAGAUUUGAAGAAAGCCAGACAAACUGCUGAUGAGCUGCAGAAGCAGGUGCUGGCUUCCUUCUCAAAUCAGCCCACAAACAAUGCCAAGUAACUGAGGACAGAUACGGCAGCAGAGGAACCUGGGGCGAGGACACAGAGUGGAAGAGAAGGGCGAGGGAUGCACCCAGAACAGAUCUGACUAUGGGUCACUCUGCCCUACAUGCACCAAAGCUCCAUGCUGCUGCCAGCCAGGAGGUGUAAGCUCCCAGCGAUUGGCUGCACCUGCAACUGCAGCCCCAGGUGCAGGAAGAGAAGUGACUGUGAGAGAAGAAUCCCUCCAUGAGGACAGGGACAAGAGGCAGCAGACCUGAAAAAUGCUCCUGCCGAUCAGCAGCCAGAGGGGCUCCUUUGGCUAAGGACAUCAACCCCUGUAAUUGCAGGAGGGAGCCCACCAGGACACACAGUCAGUGAGCAGCAGAUCUCUGUCAUGCCCUUCCAGGGUGCAGGAGCUCUCCCUCUUAAGUGACGUCACGGGUGGUUAUCCCCUCUUUCCUGUGUAAGAGCAGCAGCUGCAGCUCCUCUGCUCACUACUCAGCCAUCCUUGCAUCCUUGCGUGGACAGCUCUGUUGCCAUCUUCUACGGAGAGGACAGA